AGUCAUUCUGCCUGGGGUUGCAACACAAAUUUAACUCAGAAACAGUACUGAGCUGCUGCAAAAUGAAUUGCAGCUUGCUGCUGAGGAUCCUUCUAUCAAUGCUUUGCGUCUUUUGGAGCAGACAAGAAGUUAGCAGGUCCAUGGACUAUGACGAUUACAACGAUAUUACUACCAUUGUUUCAAAGGUCAAAGCUGAAACACGUUUAGUACCAAGCGUGGGCGACAUCAUGAAAGGAUUUAAAGCCAAACUACUCAGAGUAAAUGGCUCCAAUGAGACGAUCUACCAUGUGAAUAAGACAGUCAAAAAGCAGCUCACUGGUCUCACCACAACAGUUACCAUCCCAGGCCUCUAUUUCUUAGUGUUUGCCAUUGGGCUCCCUGCCAAUGGGCUAGGACUCUGGGUACUGGCAACAAAAAUCAGAAAAUUGCCUUCCACCAUCUUCCUGAUCAGCCUGGCAUCUGCAGACCUCCUCCUGAUCCUGACGUUACCGUUCAAAAUCUCCUACCACCUUCUGGGCAACAACUGGGUCUUCGGCGAAGCCCUGUGCCGGACGAUGACGGCCUUCUUCUACGGGAACAUGUACUGCUCCAUCCUGCUCCUCACCGUCAUCAGCAUCGACCGAUACUUUGCCCUCGUCUAUCCUUUCACCUCCCGGCAGUUCAGGGACAACACAUUUGCCAUCAGCGUCUGCUCCGUGAUCUGGGUAAUCGCCACGCUCCUGGUUCUGCCAUUUCUCUUCAGGGAGCAGUUGAUCAGCAUCCACGACCUGAACAUUACGACCUGCCAUGAUGUGUUGCCGGUGGAUAGUCAGGCUGGGUAUUUCUUCUACUACUUUGUAUGUUUGGUUAUCAUGGGAUUUUUGAUCCCAUGCUGUAUCACUGUUUUUUGCUAUGGUUCUGUAAUCAAAACUUUAAUAGUCAAUGAGAAGAGUUACGUGCAUGCUGCAAUAGUCACUUUCCUGAUUUUACUGGUGUAUGUUGGGUGCUUCGCUCCCAGCAAUAUCAUCCUCCUAAUUCACCACUCAGAGUACCACCUUACCAAGGAGAGUGAGCUCUACAUUUAUUACAUGGUCUGCAUGGUUGUCAGUAGCUCCAGCAGCUGCAUUGACCCUUUCAUUUACUAUUACAUUUCUGAUGAAUUUAGGGUUAAGGUGAUGCGUGUAAUUUGCUGCAGGAAGGAGCAGCGAGGCGUGCUUUCUGGGAGGACCACCCAGGAGCUCCUGAACACUCACACCUACUCCUCACACUCCAGAGCUAAGAUGUCUGUGGAAGACGCCUGAUUCCGUGCAGGACCGGGAGGGAAUUCAAAGACCCAAAGGAAGAAAUCGAUCUGCUGACGAUGAACUGAAAAAUACAUCGUCAGCACUGCAUGCUUUCAGCAUCAUAUCAGCAAUGGAAUUGAAAACGGACCAGAUUCUGUUGGUUCAGAUUAAUUUAGCAGAUUAUGUUUUUUGUUCUCAGAUAUCACCUAUAUAGAAUUUUGAAAACCAGAAUUUAUGUUUCCUUCAGUAUUGUUGUAUUGUUUACAAAGUAGCAGGAAUGAAAGUGAGUUGGUGACUUCCCCUCCAGACCACAGCACCUUUCAGAACACAGCUCCCUCCUGCCAGAUUUAGCCGCACUGCACUUUUCUCCAUAGCUGCCACACUAUGUUCUGUUUUCCUUUAUACUUCCUCAAUGUAUGGCCUGAUCUGACUGGCUGGUAUGCUCCAUAAACAGCUUCUCACUGCAUUUACAUGUGACACUAGCAAAACCCGACCAAUAUGGUGUCUCACUCUGAAAACGCCGGGGGAACUCAGCAGGCCAGGCAGCAUCUGUGGAGAGGAAUAAAUAGUCGACACUUCAGGCCAAGACCCUUCACCACGAUGCCUCUCCAUAGGCACUGCCGGACCACCAGAACUUUGCCUGCGUUGCUCUGGGUUUCCAGCAUCGUCUCACUCCACUCCUUGGUCAGUUCACUUCAGAUGCUCUGGUUCUGGAUUACCCUGAGAAGUUCCUCAUAGUCAGCCCUAUUUUCUGGCUCUGAUAUUUUGUAUACUUAAAUCAAAUUCCCCCACUACUUCCUCAACUCCUAGAAAUCAAGCCCAGUUUAUCCAGUCUCCUCUCAUAACAGAAACACACAAUCCCAGGGCAACAUUGUGGUGAAUCUGCCCUCCAGUAUAAGCACUUUGUUCUAAUAGUGUAGAAAUGAGAAUUACACAAAGUACUCCAGUCUUGGCUUAAGCAAUGCUUUGCAUGGUUGUGUGAUCAUCUCCCUGUUUUAUAUUCAAAGCCUUAUUAAAAAGACAGGCACCUCACACUGCUUUCUUGGCCAUCUAUCCACCUGGGCUGCUACCUUCAGGGAUCCUCGUGCACCAAGGUCCUCCUCUUCCUCAAUACCUCACAGGGCCCAGCUUCUUUAGCCCUCCAAAAGUGCUUCUUAUUUAUCAGAAUUAAAUUCUGUCUGUCAUUGUUUGGCCCAUCUCAGAAACUCAUCUGUAUUAUCCAAUAGCCUUAAAAUUACCAUCCUCACUCUCUGUGCCACCACCAAAUUUGGUGUCACUAAUCAUACCUUCCCUACCAUAAUCCUAAUAACUAAUGUAAAUAAUAAACUAAGGAUUUCCAGGUCAACCCUGUGGUACGUUGUUGGUUGAAGGCUCCCACAAGUAAACCUGAAGGUAGCAGCCUACUGCCUGUCCCCACAGGUAUAUUUAAUGUAUAUUUAAACUUGUGUUAAAAUGUAAACACUGUAUCUGACACAAACCUGUGCAACAAAUAAAAACAGAUCAUAUAGAUGCCUUUUGUGAGCAUAUAAGUGAGUAAUUGAAGUCUUCUUCUUCUGAGGCAGCCUCUGCUUGGGGCAUCUGCUGGAUGAUGUCAGGAGGUUGAGGUGAAACACUCUUUCAGUCGCCUGUGCAGGGUAUCUGUAUGUCCCUGACACUGGUAUUGAAGCUGUCAGCAUCACCCUGAAUCCACCUCCUCUGGUUUGAGCACUCAAGUGUUUGACAUUCACAAGGGUUGCUGUACGUGUCGCAUUUCCUCAAGGAAGAGUCGCGGGGUAAUGAUGCAGCUCUAUAAAACUCUAGUUAGGCCACACUUGGAGUACUGUGUCCAGUUCUGGUCGCCUCACUAUAGGAAGGAUGUGGAAGCAUUGGAAAGGGUACAGAAGAGAUUUACCAGGAUACUGCCUGGUUUAGAGAGUAUGCAUUAUGAUCAGAGAUUAAGGGAGCUAGGGCUUUACUCUCUGGAGAGAAGGAGGAUGAGAAGAGACAUGAUAGAGGUAUACAAGAUAUUAAGAGGAAUAGAGUGGACAGCCAGUGCCUCUUCCCCAGGGCACCACUGCUCAGUACAAGAGGACAUGGCUUUAAGGUAAGGGGAGGGAAGUUCAAGGGGGAUAUUAGAGGAAGAUUUUUCAUUCAGAGAGUGGCUGCCUGAGUCAGUGGUGGAGGUAGAUACACUAGUGAAAUUUAAGAGACUACUAGACAGGUAUAUGGAGGAAUUUAAGGUGGGGGGUAUUGGAGUAUAAAAGUUGAGAUUGUUUGCUGUGUAACCAAAACUAUGUAGUCAGCUUUGAAACUUGCUAUUUGCUAUGCAUGUACCCAAUUUGGUAGGAGAAUGAAAUAUUAAGAAUGUAGAAGACAAUGGUGUGUUAAUGAGAGGUAGCUAAGAGAUGUAGAUUAGAACAUGAUUGUCAAUGGGUAGAAACAAUAGUGGCGGAUGUACUUGUGAGACGCAACUGUAGACCGAUUGGAUACACUAAUGCAACUAAACCAGGAAAUUGCUAUAAAAAAUGCUAUGCCCAAGGAUCGGUGGGCAAUCAGCGACUAGCUCAAUGACUGUCUCAGCU